AUGUUUCUCACGUAUGGGACGGACGUACUGAGCUUCACGGAGACCAAUCAAGAAGAACGAACAGACCCGAUGAUUGUGAUAUUUCCGCGAGUCACCAAGUGUUCCUUUCAUACAUAUGGGCCUUCGGGUACAGUUGAGAUCCACGAUCUCAUGUGUGUGCUCGCCCUAAAUAUCAUUAACGAAAAGAUUUAUGUUAUAAUGUGGUUUUGGUUUAUUGUAUUGACUGUCAUUAGUAUAACGGCGUUUAUCUAUCGUCUGUUGAUGUUUUACGUUCCCGUCAUCAGGUCGACAUUGCUAUUCCAAAAGCCUGCGAGUAUGCUGCACUACAAGAAAGUCUUGGACCAAAACGUCUCGAAAAAGUUACAGAUUGGCGAUCUUUUCUUAAUAUACCUCUUGAGUAAAAAUAUGGAGAUGCUCUCCUUUGACUCUCUCCUGGAGGAAUUGUUUCUCCGAUUGAAUGAUCAACACAUCUACCUUCCCGACCAUGAUCAGUCAAAUACUUACAAAGAGAGAGAUGUAUUUGAAAUGAUUAACAGUAAAAAUGACAGUAAAGUAGAUCUUCAAAUAAAUGCUUCACCUGUGUCUCAAAAUAACUUAUUGGAUAUGUCUAACAAAAAUAAGUUUCUUUUCAAUGAAAAUAAUCAGAAUUAA